AUGGGCGAGCACAUUGUAGAAUUAAUAGCGAAAACAGUAUCCUUUUGGUUACAUAUCUUAGGAUUUUAUUCACUCUACUUGACAAAGGGUACUAACAUCAAUAAAAGUCAGCGUGUUUUUCUAAUGAACUUAAGUCUGUCGGAGAUUAUUUUAUGUAUAACUGCUGCAGCUAAACGUGCUUUUAUACUUUCACAUCACCUCACUGCUGCUCACCAAAUGCGAAUCACACAAAUGACAGGAGCAUCAAUGGCAUAUUAUCUCCUUAUGAUAUUUCUGACUGUCGACCGUUUUAGCGAGAUUCAUUUAAAUAUUCGCUAUCCUUUGUAUUGGUCUCCACAAAGAGCAAGAUAUUGCAUGGGUGCCGUCUGGACGAUUAGUGUGGCUUUUACCACAGUUUUUAUCAUUUAUCAACCUUCUCAAACUUGGUUGUCGUAUUAUCUUCAUAUUUACUUCUAUCCAGUGGCUGAAUAUUUGUUCUGUAUUGUUGCGCUUUUCACCUAUGGUUAUAUAUACAAAAUUAUGCGCCAUAAACGCAAAAUAAAUAGAGUUACAUCGUCAAGUAUACACAGCCAUAAGAAAAGAAAGAGACUCGUUGGUAGAAUAGGAUUUUUCAUGCCGAGUUUACUCAUACUGACGUUUGUACUCUUCGUCGUGAUUCCAGAGCAGACUCAUUUUUAUUAUUAUUUGAACGAUAAGCCGAUGACUCACACUCAGGAUGAUAUUUUUGCGGUGGCUUUCUCACUUGCAUUCCUCACUGAUGCCAUCAUUUAUAUAUUUUUAUCCACUCAUGUUCGAAAAGCAUUGAAAAAGAAAGUUUUUAGCUCAUUGUCGAGAAAGGCUUUUAAAAGUUGA